CACGCCCUCCUUCCCCUCCCUAUCUGGAAAAGCCCAACCAAACAUCUGACAGGGAGGGAAGAGGCGAACCACCACCGACUUCCCAAGAUGCUGGCGCUAAUAAACCGGCUUUUAGACUGGUUCAAGUCUCUCUUUUGGAAGGAAGAGAUGGAGCUGACCCUGGUCGGCCUUCAGUAUUCGGGAAAAACGACGUUCGUCAACGUAAUCGCCUCAGGCCAUUUCAGCGAAGACAUGAUUCCCACAGUUGGCUUCAAUAUGAGGAAGGUCACAAAAGGAAACGUCACCAUCAAGAUCUGGGACAUCGGAGGGCAACCACGGUUUCGGAGCAUGUGGGAGCGCUACUGUCGGGGUGUCAACGCCAUUGUAUACAUGGUGGAUGCGGCAGACCGAGACAAGGUGGAAGCGUCUAGGAAUGAGCUUCACAAUCUAUUAGACAAACCUCAGCUGCAAGGGAUCCCCGUUUUGGUGCUGGGGAACAAAAGAGACCUGCCUACUGCUUUAGAUGAGAAACAGCUUAUUGAGAAAAUGAAUCUGGCAGCCAUUCAGGACAGGGAGAUAUGCUGCUAUUCCGUCUCUUGCAAAGAAAAAGACAACAUUGAUAUCACCCUUCAGUGGCUCAUUCAGCACUCAAAGUCCCGGAGGAGCUGAAAACGAUGAAGGGCAGAUGUUGAUUGCCAGCUGUUUGCCAUGUAACCGUCAUGCCACUUCGGACGUGUCCUUAACUCACCACAUGCACUCUUCUGCUUUUUUUUUUUUUUUUUUCUUUCUUUCCCUCUCCCCCUUCUCUUUCCAUUUGUACCCCCACCACCAUCCCCAAACUCUUUGGGAAUGCACUACCCCAAAAUGUAAUCCCGAUACCAAAUGAAGACAUGUAAUUGGCAUUAUUUGUCCUGUAAAUUUGUACGAUGUGACUUUUGACAAUGUUUUUGUUUAAAUGGUAAAGCAGCUUUUUUUUUUUCUUUUUUUGUUGCUGAUUCAUUUUCCCACCUUGUAUAUUUGUGAUAAUUAUGCAGUCAAGCAGGUCUGUACGAAGAUUAGGUAUCCAGCUUGUAUGAUUUUUAACAGCAAUUGCGCGUAUGAAUAUGUGAUUCUAUUUAAAGUCUGAAUGAUCAAAAAGGACGUCUGCUGCAGAGUUGUAGGGUGUAUACUGUACUCUGCUCUGUAAAAAGUAAGCCUCCUAGCAAUCCGUUUUGUGUUGCGCGAAUGGCGAAAUUUGAAGUGCCUUGCGCAAAUGUUUCAUCUGAAGCAACACUGCAUGCGAGGUGUUGUGCCAAGGAGGAAGUAAAGACACCAAUCACUUCAAUGUAUUCAAAUAAAGGCUUGCUUUUUAAUACGUGAACUAAA